GGGGCAGGAAAUCUUGCCCGGCCUGAGUCACGGCGGCCCCUUCAAGGCAACGUCAGUGCUCGCCGGUCGCUGUCGCCCGCCGCGCGCCCCGCCGUCCGCUGUCCAUGGGGGAGACGCAGGGCGCGCUGGCCCGGGCCCGGCUCGAGUCCCUGCUCCGGCCUCGCCACAAGAAGCGGGCGGAGGCGCAGAAAAGGAGCGAGUCCUUCCUGCUGAGCGGCCUGGCUUUCAUGAAGCAAAGGAGGAUGGGCCUGAACGAUUUUAUUCAGAAGAUUGCCAAUAAUUCCUAUGCAUGCAAACACCCCGAAGUUCAGUCAAUCUUGAAAAUCUCCCAACCUCAGGAGCCUGAGCUUAUGAAUGCCAACCCUUCUCCUCCACCAAGCCCUUCUCAACAAAUCAACCUUGGUCCGUCAUCCAAUCCUCAUGCUAAACCAUCUGACUUCCACUUCUUAAAAGUGAUUGGGAAAGGCAGUUUUGGAAAGGUUCUUCUAGCAAGACACAAAGCAGAAGAAGCAUUCUAUGCUGUCAAAGUUUUACAGAAGAAAGCAAUCCUGAAAAAGAAAGAGGAGAAGCACAUCAUGUCAGAACGCAACGUUCUACUGAAGAAUGUGAAACACCCUUUCUUGGUGGGACUUCACUUCUCUUUCCAGACUGCCGACAAACUGUACUUCGUCCUAGACUACAUUAAUGGUGGAGAGUUGUUCUACCACCUCCAGAGGGAGCGCUGCUUCCUAGAACCACGGGCUCGUUUCUAUGCUGCUGAAAUAGCCAGUGCCUUGGGUUACCUGCACUCUCUGAACAUCGUGUACAGAGACUUAAAGCCAGAGAAUAUUUUGCUGGACUCCCAAGGACAUAUUGUCCUCACUGACUUCGGGCUCUGCAAGGAGAACAUUGAACACAAUGGCACAACGUCCACCUUCUGUGGCACACCUGAGUAUCUUGCACCUGAAGUGCUUCAUAAGCAACCUUAUGACAGGACUGUGGACUGGUGGUGCCUGGGAGCCGUCCUGUAUGAGAUGCUGUACGGCCUGCCUCCUUUUUAUAGCCGAAACACAGCUGAGAUGUAUGACAACAUCCUGAACAAACCCCUCCAGUUGAAACCAAAUAUCACAAAUUCCGCGAGGCACCUCCUGGAGGGGCUCCUGCAGAAGGACAGGACCAAGCGGCUCGGUGCCAAGGAUGACUUUAUGGAGAUUAAGAGUCACGUCUUCUUCUCCCUAAUUAACUGGGAUGAUCUCAUAAAUAAGAAGAUUACUCCCCCUUUUAACCCAAAUGUGAGUGGACCCAGUGACCUGCGGCACUUCGAUCCCGAGUUCACCGAGGAGCCUGUCCCCAGCUCCAUUGGCAGAUCCCCCGACAGCAUCCUCAUCACAGCCAGCGUGAAGGAGGCGGCGGAGGCGUUCCUUGGCUUCUCCUACGCACCUCCCAUGGACUCUUUCCUCUGAGCUGUUUUAGCGUGGUUGUGAAGGGUUCUAUGUGUGUCUGUGAGUGUUUUAGUGAGCCUUUUGGUGGAGCUGCCAGCUGACAGGACAUCCUAAAGAGAAUUUGCACAUCUCUGGAAGCUUGGCAGCCCUGUUGCACACUGUUUGCUGGAAGCUUUUCGAAGAGCACAUCCCCUCAGCGAGCUCGUGGGGUUUUCAUUUUAUCCUUCCUUCCAACCUGGUGCUAUCUCUGAAUUGAGCGUUAGAGUGCUGCCCCGGACAGGUAUGAUAGUGUCUGUAGAAGGGAGAGGCUGGUCUGCGAAGGCUCCUCCCCAGGGUUGUCGGGGCUGUGAUAAGAAAUAUUCUGAAACGUGCCUUUUCUGAUGAGAUCAUGUUAGCUCCAAAGCUUUUCCUAUCGCAGAGUGUUUCAGUUCUUUAUUUUUCCUUGUGGAUUUCUUUAGUGCGUGAACAGUGGUGUGAGUGUUGGUAUGCCUGACCACAGAUGGGUGUUAUAAGCAUCAAUGUGACACUUGCAGGACACUACAAUGUGGGACAUUGUUUGUUUCUUCCAUAUUUGGAAGAUAAAUUUAUGUGUAGACCGUUUUUGUUUUUGUAAGAUAUAGUUAUUAACUAGAAUUUAUUGAAAUGGUCUUGCAAUGACUUGCAUCCAGAUGCUUAGAGACAGCAUUGCUGCUACAAAUAUUUCUAUUUUUAGAAAGGGUUUUUAUGGACCAAUGCCCCAGAAGUCAGUCACAGCCAUUGGUGUUUUCAUUGUUUAAAAUGUCACCUGUAAAAUGGGCAUUAUUUAUGUGUGUGUGGUUUUUUUUUUUUUUUGCAUUCCUGAUAACUGUAUGUAUUGUAUAAAGAAAGUCUGUACAGUGGGUUAUAUAACACUAGUAUAUUUAAACUUACAGGCUUAUUUGUAAUGUAAACCACCAUUUUAAUGUAUUGUAAUUAACAUGGUUAUAAUAUGUACAACCCCUCCUCCCCACCACACAACUUUUUGUGUGUGGUAAGCCAGUACUGGUUUGCAAUAAAACCUUGAAAAUAUUUAC